CGUUUGAAGGGUGAUUAGAUUCGCUCGUAGUGUCCGGAGGAUUGAGCUGGACUUACUAAAGUGUUCUUUCUGCUAUAUGAAAACAAGGCAGCUUGAGACUUUAGCCACUACAAAAGCUUGAACUUUUAAAGAUAUUUGGCUUCCACUUCAUUCUAUAGCUUCAACACACCUUUCUCGCCUAUUUUAUCCAGUAUGGAGUAUUAUCAGUACUGUUAUCUCCUGGCAGUCACUCUUUUGUCAUACUCCGGUAUUCAGAGUGCUGCAAAAUGGUGGAAAGAGGCAUCGUAUCGUCGAGCUCAAAAGGAAUUUGUCAGUCGACGCUCUCAUAGAUCAACAGCCGGUGCUCAUAAACAUACGUCGCAAAAUACACCCGUCAAGACACCUGUUAACAGAUCUGUAAACAGCCUCAGACUCGUACAUCGUACUCCUAAUCGACUUGGAAAUACAGAUGAAUCUGAACAAGGAUCAACUUACAUUGCUGAUGCUUUGAGAAACGCCAAUUAUACUCCAUUUACUCCACAAUCACAUACCAAGCCAAACUUUGUAUCUUCACCUGCUCAAGCGCUUGAUCGACCAAAUGGGGAUACACCCACUUUGUUUAAACAGCCCUCUAUGGUCAACUCUUUCAACAGUACUGCCCAGGAUAUUAAUAGUAUCCAUGCAACAUCUGGAUCCGCCUUUAAAUCGACAAAAGCAUUUUAUUCUAAACCAUUGCUUCCAGGUCUUGGUGUCGAUUCUCCUUUUAACUCGGGUCCAGCCAAGGCCAAUCUACAGAAAGAUACGAUUCGGCAACGUGAAGCUAGCCGCCCAAUGGCUCGUUCAUUUUUUACUCCACUUCCCAAAUCCAAGGUUCAACGCGAAGCAACUCCAGUCACCUUUUCUUCAAAGAAAUCAUUUUUUGAGAGAAUAUCUCAAAAUCCAAACCCACUCACCUCCAUGGAACAGUCCCAAGAUACAUUGGAUGUUUUGAAACCAUCUAUGUUGAAUGAUUUGGAUCAAUAUGCUCAAAUAGAUGAGGACACAGCAAUGAGUGUAGCACAAGGUGCUUCCGCACAAGGACAAAGAAAGCGGCUUGUUUUAUUGGGCGAAAAGGAGUUUCGUCAGCAACAGGCAGAGGCUUUGCGGGCUCAAAAAGUCGAAAAGGAAGCAGCCACUCAAACUUCUACAUCAGUUCGAAUAGAAAAGUCUGGGAAAAACGAAACAAGAAAGGUGGCCAAAAUGCGCAAGCCACAUCGUUCGAAUCAAGAUAUAAAUUUACCACCUCAACAGCGUCCCACUGUGCUUUCAAUGGAUGAUUCUAUUGAAUAUCAAAAUUCGGAAGAUGUAGCCAUGGAAGAAUCUGAGUUUUCAAGCAAUAAUACCAAACGGUCUGCUCGUAAGCCCGGACCAGAUUCUUUGCGAAAAGAACUUUUGAGAGCUCAGCAUGCCAUGCGUGAGUCUGAACAUGUGGCAAGUCUAGUUGAUGAUAUUCCUGUUUCAUCGAUUAGUUCACAACCCUCAUUGUCGGCAACGCCUCUUAAAUCGGCUUUGAAGAAACAUUCCAAAUAUGAUAGAUCAAUGCCUGCUACAUCUGUUACUGCAUCUGGAUCUAGCAAACGCAAAGCUUCGUUUGGUUUAUUUGAGCAUGAUGAUGCUCCAGCGUACGACUCGCUGCACAUUCCUGAAACUGAAUUGCGUGCUGAAGAUGGAUGGAUUACUCCAGCCACUAGACGGGCUGAAAAGCGCCUUAAAAUGGAUGGAUCGAGCCCUUUUACUUCCACAACUGUACUACCCAUACCCUCACCUAGACCUCCCCCUGUUCCAAUUCGGUCCAGUGUAACAAAUGAUAGUGGUCGUAUAUAUCUAAAUCUUAAGAAAAAGGAGCAGAUUCCUAUUCUCGCGGCGCUCAAUCGUCCAUUUAAAGGAAUUUUAGACGACGAAGACGCAGAUGAGCGGGCGAUCCAGCUUGUUCGUGAAAGCCGUGCUAGACUUAAUCGCAGCACACCGCCCAAUGGAUUGCCUUCUAGUUCAGAGCAUUCUGCCGUUGCUACUUCAGAAACUACCACAAGCUCUUUCAAGCCUACUUCUGAUUUGCCGAUAUCUCAACCCACCGAAUCUGAGAAACUAGUAGAUUCUACUGUUGAUGCUCCCAAACCUUCUCCUUUUAAGUCUACUGUUCCGGUAACCCCAUCUUUAAUCUCAGCACCUGUAGCUGUUGAACAUUCAUUUUCCCCACCAAAAACAAAAGUUUCACAAACCGCUGGAUCUGGUUUGUCGAUUUCAGAUCGUUUGGGGAAACGUGCUCCUACAUCACCCACAGCAGAUAAACCUGCUGCUCCACUAUUCAAUGCAUUGCCAUUUUCAACUACAUCUGCAGUAACUAUUGCUGCAGGUCCCACUGCCUUUAUUAGCCCUUCGCCAUUAUUCUCCACUUCCACAUCUGCUGCCACCACUGCUACGGUGACUACCCAAUCCAUGUUCGCGUUUAAAGCACCCAUAGUAGCACCAUCCUCAGUUACCAACCCAUUUUCUCCCGCUGUUUCAUUGGCUCCUCAGCCUUCCUUGCCAGUUAGUAUGGCUACUACAGCUGGUGAUGCUGUUUCUGCGCCAAGUGUUGCUACUUUGCAAGAAACUAAACAAUUGUUUGGAUCCACUUCCGCUGUUUCUUCUUCUUUUGGUUCUACUUCAGCAAUACCUGCUACCACUACUACAAGUGUGGCUAUUACCCAUGGCUCUACUCCUUUGCUAGGUGCCCAGGUAACGUCCGUACCCACCUCUAGUAUCAGUCUAUCUACACCUGUGCCAGUGAUUCCUGAAUUUGGUGCUACAUCGUCCGUUGCGCAUUCCGCGACAGCAUCGACUAUGCCAUUCCCAGUCACUGGUCCUCCGUCAUUUUUAUUUUCAGGGAUUGGUACUACCAAAUCUGAAUCUCAGACUACUACCGCACCGCUCUUUGGUGGAAGCAAUGUUUUUAACUCGACAGCUCCCGCAUCCACUCAAGCACCUCCAAUGUUUGGCGGACUAGUCAACAAUGGCGCCUAUACUCCUGCUGCACCACUAUCGACUGCUGGAUCUCAAUCUACUACUUUGUCCACGACCAAUAUCUUUGGCAAUAAUCAAACUUCUAUAGCCACUGUUGUACCCACUGCUGCGACUGUUGCUCCUACACUGUCUUUUUCAUUUUCUGCUACAUCUGCUUCCACCUCUAUGACAACUGCCGCUGCACCAAUUUCUGGUGGAUUUGGUAGUACUUCAUUGGCUUCAGCUCCUGUAGUUGCAUCUACUCCACCUCUAUUUGGCGCCAGCUCUGCUUCUGGAGGAUUUGGCUCAGCCACAUCAGCGACUCCUGCUUUCCUAAGUUUUGGUACUGCGACUUCCACUGCAACUCCUGCAGCAUUUUCAAGUUUUGGUACUGCGACUUCCACUGCAACUCCUGCAGCAUUUUCAAGUUUUGGUGCGGCAACUUCUGCUACGACUCCUGCAGCAUUUCCAAUCUUUGGCGCGGCAACUACCACACCUAUGAUGCCAGCUGGAUUUAAUGGAUCUCAAUCUACACCGCCAUCUUUAUUUGGAGGCUCGUCUAUAGCUUCUGCAUUUCCUGCUCCGGCCGCCAAUAACUCGUCUCAACCUGCUCAGCCUGCCUUUGGUGGUUUUGGUACAACUUUGGCCACGCCUGCUUUUCAAAUGAGUACUGCCACUACGAUUGCUUCUAUGGGAGGAUCUAGUGCUCCGCUAGCAUUUGGACAAUCUCAGCCCACAUCACAACCAUCUAUUUCGUUUUCCUUUGGGUCUGCACCGCCUUCUUUUGGGCAAUCUCAGUCUAAUCCAUCUGGCCAAGGUAUGUUUGGAUCUACUGCUUCUGGAUUUGCACCUCCCUCUCAUGCAUUCGGACAGUCCCAGUCGAGUCAACAACCGUCUAAUUCAGCCAACAUGCUUGGAAACGCUUCACAACCAUUUGGAUCAUCCACACCCAUGUUUGGUCAGUCCCAGCAGCAACCGCCCAUGUUUGGAUCUGCACCAUCGUCUACAUUUGGCCAAACCACUGCUUCUCAACCACCCAUGUUUGGCCAGUCCCAGCAGCAACCACCCAUGUUUGGUCAACUACAGCAGCAGCAGUCCAAUAGCGCGCCUGUAUUUAAUUUCAGUACACCUGGAGCUGCGUCUACAAAUCAAGGCAUGUCCAAUCCAUCUGCACCCGCUGUCAAUGGAUUUUCGUUUGGAAUGCCUACAGGACAAGCAGUACCAGUGUUUGCUACAUCUGGCGCUUCAGGUACAGGGUUACCACAAGGAAGAAAAUUAGCACAACCAAAAACUCGCAAGAGUGUUUCGCGUCGUUAAAUAUAGUAUUGAGUUUGGAGUUUAUUUGUAUGGUAUAAAACGUUAUGGUUGCUUUUAUUAAACUGAUUUCGUUUCCAU